AUGUCGAGCUCACCUCCAGUCGGCCCCACGACCUCGCCGGCGUCAGAUGAGACGGUCGUCGAAAAUAUUCAAUCAAAAGAAGUAUCGCGUCCCAGCGCUCCCCCCUCUCUAGGCUACUCGGUGCGCGAGCACAGAACGGGCCUCAUCAUUUCCUUGCUCCUCCUCGUCAUCCUCAACGCCUGCGCACCAGUGCUAGUCUACUAUCUCGUCAAGCACUACGGCAACGUGACCACCGAGCGCCUGUACGGUGUCACGACGGCCGUAUUAGCCAACUCGCCGCUGACAUGGCCUUGGAGAGCCUACAGGCUGCUCAGAAGGGGAGGAGAGCGAAGCCCCGUACCCGAAUCCCAGGCAGGAGCCAAGUCUGUCCAGCGUCCAAACGCAAAAUGGUGGCAGAAGUUUGACAUUUUCCAAUGGCAGUUUCUCUUCGGCAUCUACUUCGUCACCAUCUUCUUCGUAAUUGCCUGCGUCCUCGGCUACUUCCCACUCCUGGCGCUAGGCCCUAGCCUCCUUGUGGCAGAAGUAGGCCUGCAGCUCGUCGUUACCUCCUUCUUUACGGUCUUCAAGGUCCCACUACCAUUCCGCUUUAGCUCCGUAGCCAAGGGCGAGCCAUGGCGCCCUGCUACUUACUUUUUGUGGGAGGACCUAACCGCCGUCGAUGGCGGAGGAGGGGCUGAGUUCAGGCGCAGGUUGGAUGAGAGGUACAGGGCUAGCCCGCCCUUCAGGGCUAUGCUGCGUGACCUGGGCUUCCUGAUUGGAUUCGGGGGAAUGGCACUUCUUGGAAUGGAGUGUGGACUCGUCUUUUCGGGCGCCAGCGACGACGUCGUCUACGGUACCACAUUCGCCAUCGCCGUCAUUUGGGCGGGCGUGGGAGCCUUCGUUGGGAUCACAUACACGAGGUGGGCGAUGAGGCGAGAGGCUAGAUGGUGGAGGCCCGUAACACAAGAGAAAGCUCUGGACUAG